AGCCGAAGAUGACGGCUCGGUCAUGUGAUUAGCUGUGUCCAAUCACAGCUGAUCGCAUGGGACAUCUACACUGAUCAUCAGAGCAGUGAUGAUCAGUGUAGCCCCAGCAGUGCCACCUGUCAGUGUCAGCUGUCAGUGCUCAUCCAUGCCACCUGCCAGAACCCAUCAGUGCCACAUCAAUGCCACAUAUCAGUGCCUACCAGUGCACAUCAAUGCCACAUAUCAGUGCCCAUCUGAGCUACCUUUCAGUGCCACCUAUCAGUGCCAGUCAGUGCCGCCUAUUAGUGCCAGUCAGUGCCGCCUGUUAGUGCCAGUCAGUGCCGCCUAUCAGUGACACCUAACAGUG